CCUUACAGUGUCAUCUGUCGAAUUAAAUGCUAUGAAGACUUAAAUAACUUGAAAGUUGUUAGAUGGCAGAAGUGGAGGAAAACAAUUUUAGUCGGGACUCAUUCUCUGUAUCGAUUUAUGCGGCAGAGAUUUAUGUGGGUGUCAAAUGUUGCGUUGGAAGUUAGUGAAUAUAAAAACCAUUUCGGAGUCAAAUCUCUUUUGUAGUUGGAAUGUCAGAUGGCACUAGGUAAGAAUAGCGGCUGACUUUGUCCACUUGCCGCUUAUACUGCCCUCGGCUGAGAGAUCGCAAUCAUCACCAGAUGCCACCCGCAACUGUUCGUCAUUAUGACUAUUUCCUCGGAUCUCGGGCUAUCGUCGGGAAACAUUUUAACUGGCUGCAUGUUGGCAGCAUAAAUGCAAUGCAACAUCAACAUGGUGGUUGGACGUCGACUUGUCCGUGUCCAGUUCUUGUCAGGUGAAAUUUUGUGAAACUUGUGUGCUAAAAGGACAUUAUCGGUGUCAAAAUCGACGGCAAACGAUACAGCAAGUGUUUGGCAAGUGAAUUUCCGAACAUGUAAAGUGCGCGACACGCUGGAAAAUUGAUAAAACAACACGUCGCCGUCGUCGUUGUCGAAGACAGGUCGCGCAGAGUUCUUUACGUGUGAUUGCAUCGUCGAGCCCCAAGGAAAAAGAAGUGAAGUUUUUCAGUCGGGAGCGAUGUACUACUUGGGAAAUCUCGACAGGGGUGGAAACCAAACAGAGAAUCAGUCUGUAAAUUCCGGUGCUUAUCAUCACAAUCAUACAAACGGACAUCAAGAGCAAUCCCCAAAUUCUUCACAGCUGUCAGUGCACAGCGAUGAAGCACUAGUUGCAAGGACUCAUAAGCAACAGACAACACAGCAGGUUACAACGGUUACAAAAGUUGUGCAUGAAGUAAAACACUAUCGCCCCGACGGUCAGUUGGUAGAUUAUGUAGCGAUGCCUUUAGACGUGCAGCAUGGUGUACCAGAUGGUCAACCCGUUGACUACGUAAUGCCAAUGGGUAUUCAUUCCAGGUCACAAUAUAUUAACUACAACCAUUUGGAUCACCCGCAUCAAACCCCACAUCAAAUGUAUGUUCCUGAUGCUUCUCAAUAUCACGCGCAUUAUCAGGACUAUGAACACUACCCGACCACCACACACUAUGCCAACUCCGGGGCCCCUCAUAGCGGUGUUCACGGAGCUCCUUAUCUUUCUGAGUAUGGGACAAACGAGAGAGCAGGUACUCCUCAGAGUCCAGGAGAGCAUAGUGCGUCGCCAUCGCCAAUGCCUUUAACUUCAGUCGCAGGUCAACAGCACACGUUAAUGCCCUCAGUCGCUUAUUUACAGGCUUCCCAAUAUGAUGAAAUGGGUGACUAUCGCAUAACUCCAUCGCCAGGAGUUCCAGUUGAUCAUAGGUAUGGUGAGGAUCCAUCAACUAUGGUCUACGGAUAUGUUUCAGCUCCAACGUAUGGCGUUGCCCCCAGCGGCGGAGCAGCUGCUAUGAAUCCUAAUGCCACCUAUGCCACACGUCCCAUUAUUUACGACGACAAUUUGAAUGGAUCAUCAUUUGAAACUGGUGUCGCAGGAGGGAUACCGACCGCUAUUCAUCCCGCGUCCAGAAUGUUUGAAGAUGACAGUGAAUUACAGAAACAUAUGUCGCAGCUUUCCAUGCAUGGUCUUGGACCAGAAGCAGAACAGCGAUCGGCUACACGGUGGCGAGAUCCUAAUCUUUCAGAAGUUAUAAGUUUCUUGAAUAAUCCGAACAACGUGAUCAAAGCAAAUGCAGCUGCUUACCUACAACAUUUGUGUUACAUGGACGAUCCGAACAAACAACGAACCCGAACACUAGGAGGAAUUCCCCCAUUAGUCCGAUUACUUUCACAUGAAGCUGCUGAAGUUCAUAGGAAUGCUUGUGGCGCACUGAGAAAUCUAUCCUAUGGGCGACAAAACGACGAGAACAAACGAGCAAUUAAGAACGCGAACGGUAUCGUAGCUUUAAUAAAUCUUCUGCGCCGUACAAAUGAAUCCGACGUGAAAGAGCUAGUAACUGGUGUCAUUUGGAAUAUGUCGUCGUGCGAGGAUCUGAAACGUCCUAUUAUUGACGAUGGCCUUAAUGUGAUUGUAUCGACUAUUAUUAAACCACAUUCUGGCUGGGAUCCUGUUAGUCCCGGUGAAACAUGCUGGUCAACUGUUUUCAGAAAUGCAUCAGGAGUUUUGAGAAAUGUUAGCUCAGCCGGUGAAUAUGCCAGAACAAAACUAAGGGAAUGCGAGGGACUAGUCGAUUCACUGUUACAUGUAGUUCGAUCUGCAAUUGAAAAAAGUAAUAUAGGCAAUAAAAUCGUGGAGAAUUGUGUAUGCAUUUUGCGAAAUUUAUCAUAUCGAUGCCAAGAAGUUGAAGACCCCAAUUACGAUAAACAUCCCCUUCCGUCACAGACUAGAGCAUCGUCGGCUGCUUCGUCACCGAAAGGUGAAAAUCUUGGCUGCUUUGGAGCGAGUAAGAAAAAGAAGGAUAGCUCUCAAAACGACCAAAAAGAUAACCUAUCUGGUGGAGGUAGUGCAAGUGGAACAGUUUCACGAAGUGCGGCGCAAAGAAAUGAACCUGCUAAGGGCUAUGAACUUUUGUGGCAACCUGAAGUAGUCCAGUUAUAUUUAGCUCUCUUACAAAGCUGUUCGAAUCCAGAAACGUUGGAAGCGGCGGCGGGUGCAAUUCAAAAUUUAGCAGCUUGUUACUGGCAACCAAGUAUUGAAAUUCGCGCUGCCGUUCGAAAAGAGAAAGGUCUCCCGAUACUCGUGGAGCUCUUACGAAUGGAAGUAGAUCGGGUUGUAUGCGCUGUAGCCACUGCUCUCCGUAAUCUUGCUAUCGAUCAGAGAAACAAGGAAUUAAUUGGAAAAUAUGCAAUGCGUGAUUUAGUUCUUAAAUUGCCAUCGGGUAAUCCACAGCAUGAUCAAACCACUUCUGAUGACACCAUAGUGGCAGUUUUAGCAACAAUAAAUGAAGUGAUCAAAAAGAAUGCCGAGUUUGCUCGAUCUCUUCUGGACGGCCAUCAUCGAGAAGGUGGAGGCGGUGUCGAGAGACUCAUGAAUAUCACACGCCAAAGACAAAAAUACACUCCUUGCGUCCUCAAAUUUGCCAGCCAAGUAUUAUUCACGAUGUGGCAACAUCAAGAACUACGAGAUGUAUACAAGAAACAUGGUUGGAAAGAACAAGAUUUUGUGACGAAAACCGUUGCGGCCAGAAAUGCUGCUCCAAACUCCCCAAAUAAUGCAAAUAGUACGCUUAACCGGCCUAUGGCUUCACAGGGUCGGACACGAUACGAGGAUCGAACAAUUAAAAGGAAUGCUGGUGGAGCAAGUAGUGCUACGGCUGAUGGAAGUAUACCAAGAAAUAAUGGCGGAAUGUCUAUAGCUCAUAGUGGUUCAGGAUCUAUUUAUCAAAGGGGAGAUGAAAUACCUCUUGGAGGAGAACAUACCUAUCAAGAAAGUGGUCAACCGACACCGCCCACGGCAGGAUCCCGCAUCUACGGAUCCAUGGUGACUGGAAAUGGUCCUAAUCAUUCCACCUAAGUCACUUAUAUGUGACAGUCGUCAUAAGUGUAAACUAAACUAGAUAUAAAGUUUUUUUAUUGGUAAAUAUUUUGACGCAUAGCAAAUUCAUUUAAUCGUUAGAAACGGUGUUAUAUUUGUCAAAUGCUAAUUUACUAUUUUGCUGCUGUCGAUAAUUUCCAAUGAUUCUAGCCACUGAAACUCGGGCAACUUUGUUUUCUCUGAAGAAAAUCCACGACUUAGGCAGCUAUGCACCUAUAGAAAUCAUGCAUUUCCAGUCAAUUCAGUACUUUUAUUUCAAGUGAAAUUAUCUAAUCAAAAUACGGUAUCAAGUGUCAUCUCUAGUAGCCAGUGGCCGACCACUUGCAUUUGAUGGUUCUCUAUUUAGUUCUGUUUUUGCGCUAACUAAUAUAAAGAACUGCCAGCGAAGAAUAUUCUAAGACGAAACCCAAACUGGAAUUGACGUCAAAUUGAGGCCGGUUGAAAAGUAGGAGCAUUUAACGAAGUGUGAUUCCAUGCAGAUACUUAGCGACAUAUACUGAAUUUAUUGUUGCGUUGAUGUAAAUAGACGAGAAAGUCAAUCGCAAUUCGUAUGUUGACAUCCAUUGUAUUUAUAAGUAAAAAUAGCAAAACGACACAAUUAUUGUUUCACAAUACAAUCAACCCUUGUUUUCUCCCUUUUGUAUUUUUUAUAUUGUAUUUAUGGGCAACUAUUAUCUAUAUUUUUUAUUUAAUGUAAGGAUGUUAGAUAUAUACAUCUUAAAAAUCAUAAUUAAGGUAAAAUAUGAAAGUAAAAUAAAUCUAUAAAUGAAAUUUUAAGAAAGCAGUUGGAGAUACGUAUUGCAUCUUAUAACUAUAGACGGAAAUUAAAAUAACCAAACAGAAGUAAGCAAACAACCACUUAAAGUAAUACCACACAGCGAGCAAAUAUGAUAUCUCUUACUUAGUACACGAAGUAAUAAUCAUAUUACAAUUCAGCGUUUUGUACUGCAUAAAUUUGAAAUAUUCAUUUCGGCACAUGUAAUGUAGGUUUGGUGAAUGCGUUAUCUGGGUGUUAUGUGUGCAUGUGAUGUGCGUGCGAAUGUAAAAGUCGUUUUAUGUGUUGAGUGUUCUGGUUGCGAAUAAGACAUUGAAAAUAACUAAACAUUAACAAAGGUGUAAUCAUCGAUACAAGUAUGCGUUGCUGAAAAAUUCUUUGUUUUUCUUUAAUUUAAAAGUGUAAGAACGAAAGAUAUUUGGUAGAAUGGAUGUCAACUUUCUUUCCCAUUUAUCUAUGCAACAAUCCAUUGUAAAGAAAAACGUUUUUGUUUGGCAAACAGAUUGGAGAUUUAUUCAAAUUUAGUAAUAACUUUCUGUUCAUAAGACUCAUUCUACCAAAUGCAUAAACUUCGCCAUGUUUCAGCCCUCCAUUGUAAAUGUUAAUACACAUUCAUGCUUAUGGGAAGUUAGAUCGUAUUAUAUUGGCCUCGGUAAAACUCAUUAUGAGAAGUUUAUCUUAAUUUUUUUGAUUUGUCGUCAAAAAUGCAGUGAGUGAACUGUUUUUCGACUAUUUAUAUAUUUUUUUUUAAAGAAGAGUUGAAAACGCCCUUAAAUUUUAAUCUUUAUACACAUUACUUUGAUCAUUCCAAAUUUUUGUCUCUGGAAGACGUAAAUUGUAAUGUUUCAGUAUUGGUUGAAAUUUUACUAUUGUGAUAUUUGCACAAAGACUAUUAGGCAAAUUGUACAUUGAUUCGGCAUGCUAAAGAAGGUUUUUGCUUCAUGAUGAGUCGAGGUAACGACUAUAUUUAGAUAUGCGAUUCGAAUGUCCUGUGAGCUUUACAUUUUUUAUCUGAAGCAUUUCAUCCCCAUAUUUCGAACAAAUACAAACCACACUUCAUUUCCAAGAACCAAGACCAAAUUUUCACCUCAGGAAUUAUUUCCAUCGUAAAUUUUCCAAAAUGUUGCUAUGUUAGUACGCAGUUUUUCUUCUUUUACUGAAGGCAGCAGUUCGGAGUGGUAACACAUAGAUACGCUUAACAAAAUAUUUCUGGCCUCUAAUGAUUCAUUGGCCUUACGGUAAAUUUGGUUUAAUGUUUUUCAAAUUGACUCGAAACUUACAACAUUUAUACAAAAUCUUAAUGGAAAAAUUUAAAGAAAAUCGAUAACUGAAAAAAAAGUGAAAGCCAUUGCAAAAAGCAAGUAAAUCUGAUGAAAAUCACAAAAACUAAGCUCAAAAGGAACUUCCACUGAAAACGGAUUUAAAUAAUAAUAAAAAAUACUGAAAUUCAUUACUACUAAUUCCUUCAUACAUACAUUUUUGUAUCUACAAGCAAAAGUGAGAGAGGAGAUAUUCGAAACUAUAUUACUCAAAUUCAACCACACGAUUGCAAAAUAAAGACAUUGAAGUAAAUUUUAACGAAAAUAUUAGAAAUCACACAAUUCAAAUGUACUUUAGUGAUUUUAUUUUAUACUCUCUAAUGUUUCUUGUAUUCAUUGCGACUAAAAAAAAUAUGGAAAAUAAAUAAAUUGAAAAAAAAAACAAAUGAAAUUCAAACGAUAAUUAUUAUUAAAGUAACAGGAUUUAAAGUAAAACACUAAAUAAUAAGUAAUAUUAAAAGAGAAGAGAUAAAUGAGAAAAAUGCAGCAAAGUAUAUCGUUAUUGCAUUUAUAUACGAAAUAUUACAUAACGAAGUAUAAAUAUACUACUAAAAUUACCAAUUGCACUUAUAAUAAAAAUGGAAAUAGAAGAAGAUAUUGGUCGGACGAACUUAAAAUUUAUGUAGCAUUGUAUAAACAAUAUAUAUAAAGAUAAAUAUAAUUAUGUAGAUAAAA